AUGUGCGUCUGCAGCAAGGGCCGUCACUCCAACCCGCGAACCCAUUCAUUCACGCAUCCCUCCCUGACCUGCCAGCUUAAGGCCCGGAGAACCUUGCUCGUGGGUCUGGGCAGCGACAUCGAGUACCACGCCACUAACGCGAUGCUGGCGUCCCGAGAAGAAGAGUUGGGCAUGCCGCACGUGCGGCUUGCCUACGACGGACUCGCCGUUGAUGUCGAUUUGUGAAUGGCCCGUGGGCAGCUGCGUAGUCAGGACUUGGGUGUAGUCAACGAGCUU